AACUUGCCGCUAUAAUUUAGUUAUGGUUUUGGCAAAUGAAAACAAUAACAAACUACUGUCCACGUAGUAUACAUCAAGAAGGAAUGCCACACUACACUCUGAACAAUUUGUAACGGUUAAAAACGUGUGGUAUUGAAACAUUAUUAAUGCAGUGGAAGGUAUUAUUUAUGGUUGGUGUCUUUGUACCCUUGGUAUUUUCUGUGACUCGAAGACUUCUCUCCAGCAUGGCUUCUUCCUCUUCAUAUGUUUCAGGGACUCACUCCAUGGCAUUUGUUACUGCACCAAAUACAGAAGUUGCCAAGAAAAUUGCUGGGGGCCUUGUUAAAAACAAGUUGGCAGCUUGUGUUAAUAUCAUCCCAAACAUUGUAUCUGUAUAUGAAUGGAAGGAAGAAAUUAAUGAGGAUCCUGAGGUUUUAAUGAUGAUCAAGACAAGAACAUCUAGAUUAGAAGAGCUGACAAAAUUUGUAAAAGAAAAUCACCCAUAUGAUGUGUGUGAAGUUAUAUCAAGUCCUAUUGCACAAGGUAAUCAGCCAUAUCUUGACUGGAUUAGUGAAAUUGUACCAGAGAAAAAGUCAUCUGAUUAAACUAUCGAACAUUU